AUGGCUGCCGAGUGGAGAAAUUUCAAGGCGAAAAUGAAAGCGAAAAGAAUCGACAAGGGUAAGGGAAAGAAGAAGGACACCAUUAGUGCUUUUAACGACGAAAAUGAUACUUUAGUCGUGCAGCGAUUAAGCGCUGAGGUCUCCGGUAAAGCCCAAAAAUAUUCAAGAAUUGGUGCGAGGGAGUUCGUGUCCUAUGAGUACGAAGAGUUUACGAUUGAAAACAUUCGGAGAGCAUGCGAAAAACACUUCGCAGUCGACAAGUCAAUGAGCUGCGACAUUCUGGCUGGAGAACAAGGGCCGUCCUGCAAUACGGUGAAGCAGAUCCCAGAUUCGCGAGUGAUCCAUGUACGUUUUGUAGAACGAGUUCCCGUUGUUGAACUCGAUGAAGGUACUGAACUAGGCACCCGAGAACGUGGGCCUAGCUUGAAGUCGCUGCCAGCGAAACGGAAAUUUUCUGACGCGGAGACAAAAACCCGAUCAGUGCCCACGAAAUCUGCCCCAAGUCCGAGCAAGUUUGUUCCAAGGAGUCUUUCAGUGGUUGAAAUGCUUAAACUUGGUAAAAUGAUCACGCAGUCGACAACUUCAGUUAACAUUUAUGCGUUUAAUUUCAACGAGAUGUCGUGGUCGAAGACACCAUCUACAGUUGAUUUCUCUAUCGACAAAGAACCCUUUGGGAAAGGUGGUUUCAGGCAAGCUUUUAAAGCUAUAAGCAAUGACGAGGAAUUUCAAGGUACCUGGGUAAUCAAAAAGUAUCUUCCAAAAUCAAUAAGUGAUAUCGAGUCCACAGGUCAAUCAAUAGAACAACACACCAAGAAAGUGGUACAAAUGCACUAUCUUGCCAGAAACUUCGCUGCACGAUUAAGUCAAGAAUUGCAAGCUAGUGAUGAUCAUAUACUGUUUGGAGAAACGCUGAAAUACAACAAAAUCUUUUUGGGUAAGCUUGACUCUGAUGAGUAUGUUACAGUUGAGGAAUUGGUAGAAGGGUCCUUUGUCAAGCAUAUCAAUAAUAAUGGGCACAUUUGUGGUGACACUAAUAACCCUGUUUGUAAUAAGGCUGAAUGCCUAGCUCAUUAUUCCUUUGAACGGUCAAACAAAGAAGUAAUGGUUGUUGAUAUCCAAGGUUGUGAUUACUUACUUUUUGACCCUGAAGUAGCUUCCAAAGAACUCAAAUCAAAUGAAGAAUUUUUUUUCUGUACUGGUAAUUUGUCAAUCAGCGCUAUAAAUAAUUUUAUUGAAAGCCACAAAUGCAACUGGUAUUGUGAACUACUCAAGUUGCCUGAACUUACAAACUUGUAA